ACCAAAACUCUUUUCUGUAAGAUCAUUGCAGAACUCACAAAGACUUCUGUAGGAAAUGAGCCCUAAAGGCCAUGCUCUUGGAAACAAUACCAUGUAUUUGUGUAUCUUACCUGUUAAUGUGUUAAUUUACUUUGAUACAUAGACAAACUUUCCAAAAUGAUGUGUCAAGUUUAUGAGAGAUCCUUUCACCCAACUUUUUAGUGCUGGUUGCUAAUUUCUACAUGUGUAGGUAUCUUUAUUUGAAUUACAGGGUCUGUCAAUGAGCACUUCAGAACUUGAAGAAUAAUUCUAAUUCCUUCUUUUUCUAUAGUACAUUGCUGAAAGUUGAUGCUGUCAACCCUUCUAGCAGCAAGGAGUUCAGUAGGAGACAGGCAUAGAUAACCUUCCAGAUCAUCAAAGAAUCUCCAUUAGUGGACCCUUAGCAAGCAACUGACUUUGAAGCAACUUAGCAAGCAAGACAAGUGACUUUCUCAGCAGCUGGUGUAGUGGCGAUAGGGUAAAGUAAUACAUAAUAAUUUCAUGUUAAAUGGGAGUCGGAGAGGGAUGAUGUACUGCUGUGUGUCUGGCUGUUUUUGAACUUAGUAGCAUUAGAAGCUUUCCCAUGAUUCACUGUCUGCUGCCAAGUCAUCCUGAAUGGAAAGGAUGAGAUCCUUGGCUUCGCGUUUCCUUUUAAGUGUUUUGGGGAAGCAAAAUACAUGUUACAAGGCUCCUACAGUGCCUUGAGCUUGUACUGGAGGCUGACAGUCUGAAGCUUCAAGUAGCAGUUGUGCAGAGGUAAGUUAUUGUCAUCUCUUUCUCCUUCCUUAACCAGGGUGAGAACUCAGGUAAUUGGGCUCUAAGAGUUGAAGCCUCCACAAGCUCAUGGCUUUGAGUGGUGCUGCUGGAGUCACUAGGGCUGCUCCUGUAGGAAGUGCUGUGCUGGAUAGUAGCUUGUAGGGUAGGGCCUGAGGCCACCCAGAGAGUUGGAGGCUGUGCUGGGAGCCAAACAGGAGUUCCUGGCACUUGGCCAUGAGUCUGACACAGCCAAGUGUGCUGCCUGCUCCACUGGAUUGUUUUUAUGGUCCUAUGAUCUGUGCUGGGUCCUAAACAAUAUGUCUGAGUGAGGUCAGACCCUUUGUUGGUUGCUUAGAAUUGCUGCUUUCCAGGAGACCGCAAACUGCUUUGUGGUUUGGAGCAUCUGAAUUCACCUCUUACAGUGUGUAAGGGUAAGGAGGAGGCUGUGGUUUUCAUGUCUCUUAAUGAGAUCAUGUCAUCGUUCACAGGGCAAGCAUGUGCAAGCAAAAAGAUAAGAAUUAAUCUGAAAAAAAACCCCAAACCUGUAGAAUAGGCUUCCCUGAAGCACACUUUUGCAGAUGAAUCUAUAAAGUUUCUUAAUAGGUAAAUGAAAGCUUUCCAGUUCCAAGGGGAGCCAAAGGGAGCAGUGACCAUAAUGGCAAAUCACACCAAGUAGCUUUUUUUGCUGACUAGCACCAAUACAUAAAUAGGGAUAAUGAUGUAUUUGCUGGAGCAGGAAAAUCUGUUUUUACCAUAUAUCAUAAGCCACUACCCAUUAUGGAUUCUCUGCAUGCAGUGUCUAAUCAGGCAAAACUCAGUUAAGGUAGAAAGUACUGGCUUGUAAAAAUGAAUAAAUUGGACUCUGAUUUAACCCCAUUCCAAACAGAUGGGCCUUUCUCCCUCUUGCAGCUACUUUGCCUGAAAUGUUGUGGAACAGACUUGUUAAAUUACAGAACCCUGCAUCAUUCAGCAUUCCUCAAGAUGUGUGUGAGCUACUCACCCUUUUCUUCAAUGCAAAAACACAUGUCACAGUUUGAAAUAUGCCAUUAUUGUGCAGCCUUGCUAUGUAAUUGUCUUGGUUGUUUUGUGAGUCGUCCUCUCUCAAUGAAAUGAGUAGUUCUGAGAGCACCAGAACUGGCAAAACCUGCCUCCGUGCAGAUUCAUGUCUUGUGGUUGGUCGUAAACUCGCAAUGAGGUUUUUUUCCCAGUUACUGAGACGUUUGAGUUGUCUCUUGCUCCCUCGUGGGAUUUCUCUGAUGUCUAACAAUAUGCAAGGCCUGCUGCAGGGCAUGCCUGGCCUUCCCUCAGGACGCUCACCGGCCCUUCCUAUCCGAAUGCUUCCUUACAUUCACAAAACUGGCAGAAAUGUAAUUUUCCUUUUAGGGUUCUAUGUGGUCAAAACUAGUUGUUCAGUUCAAGAGCUGUUGAAUGGGAUGAGAGACAGAUAAGGACAUACAAGUCCCUUUUCUUUAAGAAACAAGACUAAAGCAGUAGCCUGCACCUAAAGAGCACGGCCUCUCCAAGCUCUAGCGCCUUAGUGAGAAAUCUGAAUCUAUAAACUAUUGUGCAUAUUAACCAAUGUCUGCUGUCAUUAAUGCUACUCGUAAUGUGGGUUAAGUUGGCAAACUUUGCUAUACUGCUGAUACUGUAGGAAUAUCUGUUAACACUGGGCUGUCUACAACUGCUGCCAUGUCUGUUAAUAGCAGCAACAGAAGAAAGUGAUUAGCUAACUAGAACAUUUAAAAACCAUGGUGGGGGAUACUUCUUAAAUGGCUUAGCACUUGAAGAAACAGUAUUUUUAUCCUCAGGUGUUCAUUUUGGUGUGGCCUUUUUUUUUCUUUUAAUUUCUGAGUUUUUAAUAUUAAAACAGGAGCAUCAGUGAAAGAUUAGGUGGGAACUGCAGCAAAAAGGUCAAAGCAGUAGAGAAAAUAAGGAUAAUGCUUUUUAUCUUCAUGGAGUUUUAUUGAAAAUGGACACAGGAAUAGUUCCUUUUAGUAGAGGGAAGGUGCGUAGCAUAUUUUAUUCGGUGUGUGUUGUGUUCUUUCCAAGGUAUGGAAAACCUGUACAAGUUUACAUAAUCUUCUUGGCUUCAGAUGCAAACCUGUUUAGUAAGUCAUAGCCUUGCUAAUUUGUAAGCUGUUGCUGGGAGUUGGAUAAAUGCAGGAUACCCCUCACAAUGACAGCAGCUUAGUGAGCAAUCUGCACAUCCCAGUUAGUUAAUUUAUAUGAGAGCAGAAACAAUGGGAAACGGAAGCAGAUAGAAGUCUUAGAGACACAUAAAGACCUACUCCUUACCCUUUGUUAUUGCUUCACUCAUAAUGUGCUGAAAUGAAAGGACAUUAUGUAGUAUUUUGCAUAUGAAUGUUAAUGGCCUUUGAGGGCACCUCAGCACUGGUUUCUUCCUAUCUCUGCUGGUUUGAGGAAUGGAUGGAUAGAGAUUCAACAGCAUAUUGUCAUAAAAAAAACAGAGCUAACAAAAAAAACCCCCACCCAAACAACUCUCAUCUGUGUACAACAAGCAUAUAUGGAUCAUGGGUAUAAAGGGAUGAAAUACGUUUGGGCCAUGAUCCUGCAGAGUAUUUCGAAUGCCUGCUAUUCCAGGGCCUGACCAUGAGCUGCUUCUCAGGAUUAUUCCUUGCAUCAACACUGUUGUCAUUUUUUGCCCACGUGUCAAGGAAGCGUCCGUGUGAUGUGUCCCUGCCAAAGGUCAUGGCAAACUGUUUCUUUGGAUAAAAUCUGCAGAGGCCUGACACCUAGUGAUAGUUGUCCAUGCUGCUGAGGAAAUCGUGCAGGUCUGGUGUCUCCACGGUAGAAUUUGUGAAAGAGGAAUCGGGAAGUUGAAACUGCAAAGCUCUGGUAAGUUGUUUCAGCUUGCUUAGGUCAUGUUGAUGUUGACAUUUUCAGUUCAAAAAUAGAGCAUUUGUUUACAAGUCCACCAAUAGUUUGCAUGUUUCUCUUGACAAAAACAUUAGUUGGAGAAAGCCUGUGAAAAUGCUUCAGAAUCUUUCCUGGAUUAUGGUUUUCUGUAGCCAGCAAGGAGGGGCCUGCCAGGCUUCUUUCCACUUUAUCUGGAUUGCUGUACUGCUUCCUUGUUUGUUUUUAGACACAUGGAGACCAUGAAAUAUGCUAAAGGGAUGAUGUCAUUUGUGCAGGCUGUUCAGGAAAAAAAGUGUAUCUAGAAGGUGAACUAGGCAAGAAAGCAGCUAAAAGGGAAAGAAGAAGAAGAUGAGAGUUGCACACGGGGACUAAAGGCCAGUCAGGAGGGUAGAGACAGCAUGAAGGUGAUCUACAGGAGAAGCCUCCCCCUCUAAAUGCUGCUGUGUAGUUUACCUUGUCCUGCUCCUGUGCCACAGCAUUCCUCUGCCACAAAGGAAGGUGGCUGGCAAAGUCCAGGUAACAGCAAAUUCUUUGUCAGCCCUCAUCUGGGUUUAAAGUACAACAUGCAGGAGCUUUUUUCUUAAAAAUCAAUAGAAAUCCUUCCUCUUAGUGGUUCUUGCCAGACUGGCAGAGCCUGGGUUAAAGUUUUCUGUGCUAAGAUUUCAUUAUCAAUUACCUUUACCAGGAAAUCGUGAUGCUUCAAAAGAAAAAAAAAGGAUCACCAUUUUUUUGCUGCUUUUCAGCAGUUAGCAAACACGUAGCAAAUGUGUGUGUGCUUUUAUUGCAUUCCCAUGCAGCCAUGUAUGAGUGCAAGGCAUUUCCUGGAGAUUAAUAACUGGGCGGGAAGGAUUGUGGAUACAAGAGGCAGCCCAAAGGACCCAAACUGGUUGUUAAUCCAUGGGAGGCUUUCUCUGCUGAGACUUACUGUUGUAAAUUGAAAUAAAAGACACAUGGGCCUGUGGAGGAGAAGCAGAGAUCAUUGCCAUUUGAGCAAUGAAGUUGCUGACUUCUGCUUCCCCAUCAGUGUGUGUACUGCUGCAUUAGGAACACUACAGCUAGCAAAGAACUGAUAGGAAGAGUUUACUCCAGAUCCAUUAUUUUAGUGAAUUGCUUGUUAUUAACAGUAUGGAUUUAAUUAAGGGAAAUAGUAAAAUCCAAGUUUCAACUGAGUGCAGAUUGUGUAGGGGUUUGUGUCAUUUUAGCUAAGUUGUUUUAAAGAAGAUCCUUAUACCAAACCCCACAAGUGCACAUACACCUUUGGGCAUACACAUCUAUGGAGUAUAUAGAGCUCAGGCCUGCCUGUUUGACUAAGCCUUAGUCAAACAAACAAUUCCAUCAGAGCAAAGUCUCAGCGUUGUAGAAUGGAGCUUUAUAGUCGUUGCACAAUGAGACGUUCUCUCUUGCGUCACAGCUGCUGGGUCUUUAGCUGCUGUGACAUUUGCUCUGUAGGUUUAAAAUACCCAGUGGCUGUCCCCAGUGAGGAUUGCAAUGCUGUGUUUCGGUUUCUAAAGGAAGAGACUGAUGUUCAAAGCCACUGAGAAGUUUAAGGCGAGAGAUUGCAGAAAUCUCUAUUUAAACUACCAUAAACCCAGAAAGCUCUGAAAUCUGUUUUCCCCGUUCCCUUUUCCCCAUGUCCGUUUUGCGUUUGAAGCAAUAAUGAAGAAAUUAUUUCCUCUACUACUGUGUGAACAGAACUGUGUCACUUUGUUUCAGCUACAGAUACAUUUCUCAGACAAGGUGGUGAUUUCUCUUAGUUUCUAUUUUAUUUGCCUGUUUGAGAAUUUACAAGAACACCAGCUGUCUGUAUUAGAAAUGCUUUUUACUCACACCUGCUGUUUGAAUUUGACAGGCACUGAGUCGAGUAGGAACUUGUUGGCUUUCAUUACACCACCUGGAAAAAAUGUCGUCACCCAUUAAGUAGAUCCCAGCUUCCCCUCCAGCAUCAGUGCACUUUGAGCUGGAGCCUCUUCUGGUGCACGCAGCAGUACCUUGCUUACCUUCUCACUACAAGAUUAUUUUUUUAAUUGGAGAUGGAGGAAUGACAAGAAUCCGAGCUGAGUGGCAGACAUUAAGAUGAGUAUGCAGGAAUAUGCCUGGAGAUCCACGUACAAAAUGUGGGAAAACAUUUUUCCUCCUGCUGCUGAAUCUGUCGAAGCAAACAUGCCUGUUUGUUUUCUUCCUGACUUGUAGAGUCCUGCUGUGGAGGUGGCCCUCGACCUUGGCACCUCAGGAUGACUGAAAGCAGUUGCCUGGUCUGCUGCUCUCCAGACUGGUGACAAUUAUUUUUCCUCCGAGUCCCAAGAGGUUUAAAGUAGGCCCUGAAUUAAAAGUAUGAGGAAAUCACCACUGAGAAACUGGAGUUUCAAAACUAAUGUUUUUGCAGAGAAGAAAAAGAAAUGUGUGCACCCUUUGUCUGGAUGAAGCAGGAGUCCCAGGUAUACUAGUUGGAGUUUCAGUAGAUGGACAAGAAGUCUGGUCAGAAGGUUUGGGUUAUGCUGAUGUAGAGAAUCGUGUAGUGUGUAAGCCAGAGACCAUCAUGCGGAUUGCUAGCAUUAGCAAGUGUCUUACAAUGAUGGCUGUUGCUAAAUUGUGGGAAGAGGGGAAACUGGAUUUAGAUGCUCCAGUGCAGAAAUAUGUCCCUGAAUUUCCAGAAAAAGUCUACGAGGGUGAAAAGGUCACUAUUACGACAAGACUGUUAGUCUCACACUUGAGUGGGAUUCGUCACUAUGAAAAAGAUGUUACAAAAGUAAAGGAAGAAAAGGAAAAGGCAAACAGAGCAUUAAAACUAACAAAACCCUGUCAGGAUAAAGAACAGAAAGAAAAAGAGGGCACAGGGAUUGAAAAGACUGAUUCUGUCAAACCGAGGAAGGAACACGAGGGUGAGGUAAAAAGCCGAAAUUCAAAACCUGGCAGGAGAGACAAGGAAUUUGAGCAAGAAGAGUAUUAUUUGAAGGAAAAAUUUGAAAGUGUGAUUGAAUCACUGAAGAUAUUUAAAAAUGAUCCUUUAUUCUUUAAACCAGGUAGUCAGUUCUUGUAUUCAACGUAUGGCUUUACUCUAUUAAGUGCUGUUGUGGAGAGAGUUUCAGGACAAAAAUUUACAGAUUAUAUGUUAAAAAUGUUUCGUGAUCUGGAUAUGCUGUCAACUGUACUAGAUGACAAUGAGGCAAUGAUAUAUAACAGAGCAAGGUGUUACGUGUACAACAAAAAGGGACGGCUGGUGAAUGCACCGUAUGUGGACAACUCUUAUAAGUGGGCUGGUGGUGGCUUUCUCUCAUCAGUAGGUGACCUUCUGAAAUUUGGAAAUGCCUUGUUGUACAGUUACCAAGCAGGACAAUUUAAAAACACUAAAGGCAAACUUCUUCCCGGGUACCUCAAACCAGAAACAGUCGCAAUGAUGUGGACACCAGUGCCAAAAACAGAAGUAUCGUGGGACAGGGAUGGUAAAUAUGCAAUGGCUUGGGCUGUAGUAGAGAAAAAACAACAGUGUGGCUGUUGCAGGCAGCAGAGACACUAUGCAUCUCAUACGGGUGGUGCAGUGGGGGCAAGUAGUGUCCUCCUGAUUCUUCCUGAAGAGCUGGACUCUGAAGCUACAGAUACUGGGCUAGUGGCACCACCUAGAGGAGUAAUUGUUAGUAUUAUCUGUAAUAUGCAAUCGGUUUCACUCAACAGCACGGCCUUAAAGAUUGCAAGGGAAUUUGAUAAAGAAAAACGGGCACAAUAUACAGGUUAAAAAAAAAAAGGAAAAAAGAUAACGUGUAACUGGACUCACUGCACAGAAACACGAAAAACAAAUGGAGGAGGGUGUAAUUAGACUCUAAGAUCACUAAGAAUACAUGAAGCAAAAGCAUCAACAAUUCAUUUAAUUAACUUCUAGUGGUGCUAAACUUACAUCUAACUGGAAUGCAUCUCUCAGGGAAGUUCCUAACUUACAGAAAGGAGAAUGUAAAAGUCAGAUUUGACUUCCUGUAGUACCUGUGUAAAUCAUCAUUAUGUUAGCAGGUUGUUUUCUCAUCCAGUCAAGCACUUGACCAAGAUUAUAAAACCAAUAGCACUGGUUUCUCACACUGAGAAAUGACAGGUGAUCUACCUUAAAUGUUAAACUUUUGAAAGAUUUCACAUCUUGAUUUGAGCACACAAAGAUGUAGUUUGUGAUCCUCAAUGUUCCAGUCUGCCAAAACUGUUCAGUAUUACUUUUGAAAGAAAACUGGGUUUACUGUUGAUUUUUUGUAUUUUGUAUUUGAUUAAAGAGAAAAAAACACAAACAACAACUCCCAAAUCUUGAAGCUACCUCCAGAAUGCAGAUUUACACCAGAAGUGUGCUUCUGUCAGAGCUGUGCAUUGGUCAGAAUUAGGAAAGAAUAAGGCUAGAGUAAUGCAAGUAAAAAAAUCUUUCUGUUAUUUAGAUGUCCUCUCUUCCACUUUUAUUGGAGACAGAGAAUGUGUGAAACUAGUUUACUGUGAAAUAAGGGUAUUAUUUUCGCAGUCGGAUGUACCUGAAUAGCACAACAUGGUGAGCUGUCAAACUGUCUCAUUGUUUCUGAAUGAUACACACGCUGACUUUGGUAGCCAGAAAUGACACUCUUUUCUAUAAUGUAGAUAUUCCUUGAGAUACAGGAAUCGGCAACUCAACAAAAUUUAAAGCCAGUUCUUGAAGCCUCCCAGACUUAGAAUCACAGAAUCAACCAAGCUGGAAAAGACCUUUAAGAUCCUCGAGUCCAACCAUUACCCCAGCACUGCCAAGGCCACCACUAUCCCAUGUCACUUGAGGGCCUCAUCUACAUGUUUUUUGAGCACUUCCAGGGACGGUGGCUCCACCACUGCCCUGGGCAGCCUGUUCCAGUGCCUGAGCACCCUCUCUGUGAAGAAAUUUUCCCUAACAUCCAGUCUAAACCUCCCCUGGCGCAGCUUGAGGCUGUUUGCUUUUGUCCUACCGCUUGUUACUUGGGAGAAGAGACCAACCCCACCUCACUACAACCUCCUUUCAGGUAGUUGUAGAGAGUGAAACUUUGAGAGGGUUUUUUAAAAACCAUCUUUUUUUCCACUUGGAGACAUGCCUCAAGAUGUUACUUUUGCACAAGGUUGAAGAAUAAAUUGAGAUGAAGUUCCAAAGCAUCAUUUUCUAAUCUUCGAUUUUACUUUAGGAAUAUAACAACAUCCAAGUAUGUUAUUUUUAUAUAUUCCAUAGUAGCAUGGAAGAUCUCUACUAUCUCAAGAUUUGCCCCUACGCCACUUUCCCUGCAGUUACAUCAGUAUUUCCAGGCUGAGACAAAAGAAAAUAGCCUUCAGAAAAGGUUUGAAUACUUUUGUCCCUGCGCUGUUCAGCAGCUCUGCUGCUCUGAAUUUAAUGAGCAAGAUGUCUUAGCUAACAGCCACCAGAAGAUAGCCUUACCUGCCUCUGUCCCAGGUUGGUGCUUCAUAGUUGUUAUCUGCCCUGUGAUGAAACAACAUGCUGUCAUCUCUGUUCCCAGUAUGCCUAUGAUACCAUUUAUUACCUAAGACUGAAAAACAUGGAAAUUUAAUCUUUUGAGGUGUCAGUGUUUUACCUUCAUUUGUAAUUGAAGCUAGUAAGGCUGGUUUAAUACUCUUAGCUAUCAUCAUUCUUGUGCCUUAAAACAGUAAAAGCUUACAGGUAAACUAUUUGCUUGUGUUUUCUGGCCCACUCACCAAAACUUCACUUUUUUAUUCAUUAAUAAUGAGUUGUCUUUAUCUCUAGAAUAUCAGAUCAGUAGAGACAACGGAGAGAGCCUUUCUGAACAAACUUUCAUUUGGUCAGGCAAUAAAUCAACUGCUCUUUCACUGAAGUUAUUGAUACUGUUUGAGAAUUCCAGUACAGAAGUACUGGAGGUGGGUAUCUUCAAUAGCAACUUUUUUUGCCAAUCUUGAGCACCUACUAGCUGGGUAAACCUGCAGCAGCAGAAGUCACUGGCCAUUUUACACGGGGAACAAGAGUAAGUAGUUCUGAGUUGUUUUCAUGUUGGAAGAAUACAUGAAUAGAAUGGACCAAAUACAAUGUUUUAAAUACAAAAAAUCUGAAAAGUAGUACUUGUUUUUAGGGUUUAGAACAUACUUUUCUUGUAUGAUACAUCUGUUUUGCAAAUGUCAUUUUGCAUACUUGAGAGAAAACAAGUUUCCCUCACUGACCAUUGUGUUUGGGUACAGAGAUUGAGAACCUAGAAAGCACAGGUUUACCAUGAUGCUUGUCUGCAUAUGACCAAACACUAAUAUAUAUAAGUACAGGUUAGAUAUAAGGAAGAAGUUCUUUACUGGGAGGGUGCUGAGGCGCUGGCACAGGUUGCCCAAACAGGUGGUGAAUGCUCCAUCCCUGGCAGUGUUCAGGGCCAGGCUGGACAGAGCCUUGGGUGACAUGAUCUAAUGUGAGGAGUCCCUGCCCAUGGCAGGGGGUUGGAACUAGAUAUCUUAAGGUCCUUUCCAACCCAAACUAUUCGAUGUACAAAAGUGAAUAAUGGUACGAAGUGUGUAAGGCGCUUCUAACACCAAGAUAUUAAUGACAGUGCCUCACCCCCCUCAUGGAAUUUGUUUAGCCACCAACUUUUUAAAUGCAUACCAUGUUCUUCGUAUUGUAGUUUCAAAACCUUCUGUUUUCUUAAAAACCUUCCGACACAUACACAGUAUUGGAGAUGCUACGCUGUCUAAAUUUCAUCUUCCAGUACCUGGAACAAAAUGUAUCAGACUUUUUCUGAUUUGGUAUUUACUCAAUCAGGAGUUCUUACCUUUUGGGUGUAGAGGAAGAGAAGGCAGAUAUGGGAGACUAAGAAUCAGUCUGGCCUUAGCAUAUGUAUUGAGGUCACAAGUGAAUUAAUACUACUAUUUUGAUCUUUAGUCUGAAGCCAGUUAUUUGAUGGAUUGGCACUAAGUAUGGGAAACUGGUCAGUUAAGAGCAGCUUUCAUGAUAAACUUGCACUUAAAUUAACCUUCAUUGUGAAAACACAGUAUGGCACUAACAUAAAACUCUGCUUUUCGUAACAGGCAUGUAAAUUAAAUUGGUGCAUCUAUUUCUGUAUCAAACAUCUAUUUUUUGCAUCUGGUAAUUAUGUGUUCUGCUGUUUGAACUAACUGAAAUAAAACUUAAUACAAUGAAUUGUAAUAUCA